AUGGACUCGACCAGCGCCACGCGACGGCCGCCGCGUCCGUUGCCUGCACUGACUCCCGCGUCGUUCCGAUCGAGCUCCUCGCCGGCUGCUGCCCCACGUAAACUCGAGCAGCUACAGAGACGGGAGCCUCGACACCACCACAGCAAUGGCGCGAGUCGAUCGCGUGCGCUGCCGCUCCGCACGACGUCGACGUGUUCGAUCGCACACGUCUUCUUCAAUCGACGACCGCUGGACUUGAUCCGGCGCACGACGAGCUCAGUGCUCACGCAGUUGGAUGAAAGUGCCCACCACUCUGCACGGACCGCAGCUGUGAGUGCACUGUCAGCUGUCUCGGACGACGAUCGACCGUUGCGACCUCUCUGUCGUCUGCACAGUAGUGAGCAGACGGAUCGAAGGCGACGAGAGCCGCUGCAGCACACGGACAACAAGAGGAACACGGACGAGCGGAGGCUUUUUUUGCAGCAAAGGCUGCAGCUGACAGGAGUGGAAAACGAUGCACCGGUCGAGCAGGAGAUGCUUUCGCCUUGUGCCAAAGUCGCUGCGGAGCAGAGGAAGCUGUCUGCAAUGUGUCCACCGACGGGGAAGGAGUUGCUGCGCGAUACGGAGAAAGCAGUCGAGCUCACGCUGCACGAACGUGUGGAGAUUCAGCAGUACGACGAGGUCUACUUUGUAGCGACGCGUGCAGUCAAGCGAGCCCGUUGUCACGGUCGGAUUCAGAACCUCAUGCCAGUCCAUGGAGACGAUCGCGCAGUGGUAGCAGAGGACGAGCCGAGCGAGGACCUGUCGCCGCUAUGCCACGACGGCUACGAUGACCAGGACGGCGAGUAUCUGGUCGUGAUAGGCGACCACUUGGCGUUCCGGUACGAGGUGCAGAGUGCGUUGGGCCACGGAGCCUUUGGCCAAGUUGUCCGUUGUGUCGACCGCCGCACGUGCAAACAAGUGGCAGUGAAGAUCAUCCGCAAUCGGCCAGCGCAUCGUGACCAGGCGCUCAUGGAGGUGCAGGUCUUGGCCCAGCUCGAGAUUGCCGCAGCUGCAGCUUGUGACGAAGAGCAGCACGUGGUCCGUAUGAAGGACCAUUUCCACUUUCGCGGCCACGUGUGCCUUGUCUUUGGCGUGCUGGGCAUGGACUUGUACCGUUAUUUGUCCUUGCGGUCCUUCCGCGGGCUCUCCAUGAAUAGCGUGCGCACUGUCGGUGAACAACUGGCACAUGCACUGACGUUUCUGAGGCAGCAAAAGGUCGUGCACUGCGAUCUCAAGCCCGAGAACAUCUUGUUGGAUGCAUCGGUCAAGGCCAACGACGCGCUCAGUGUGGAUACUGUGGACCAUGUGACGCUCAUUGAUUUCGGCAGCAGUUGUCUCGCCGGCGCUCCUAUGGCCACGUACAUCCAGAGCCGCUUCUAUCGCAGCCCCGAAGUGCUGCUUGGUCACGCUUGCUCGGAUGCGAUUGACAUGUGGAGUCUCGCGUGCAUUCUGGUUGAACUGCUGACGGGGCAUCCGAUCUUUGCUGGCGAGAACGACCGCGAGCAAUUCGCCUGCAUCGUAGAGGUCCUGGAUGUCCCUCCGGUCGAUAUGGUCCUCCAGGCAGAGCGACGUCUCACGUUCUUUGAGCAAGUCUCCACCCCUGUUGUCGAUGUCGAAGCUGCAGAGUACGUGCUGAAGCCAUUUGCAAACUCACGCGGACGUCGACGCCUGCCUGGUUCACGGAGCUUGGCUAGCGUAGUGAUGACCGAUGACUCGGACUUCUUGGGUUUCCUGGCGAGGUGCUUCGUCUGGGACCCCCGCGAGCGUCUUACUGCCGAGCAAGCGCUGGAGGAACCAUGGAUGCAACGAUGA